AUGAAAGUUGUAGGAAUUUUAGUAGCUUGUCUACUAUUUUUCGGCCUAACAGAGGCAUGGAGAACACCUACAUUUUUACAUGAAGCAGCGAAGAAGUUUGUUGGCGUUCAUGCUUCGGAGGUAGAAAGCAAUACCACAUGGAGUCCUCCAGUAAAUACAACAGGGGUUCCGUCGGUAAAUAUUACGACCUUGACUCCUGAGAAGAAUACAACAUGGGUUCCUCAAGUAAAUACUACGACGUUACCUCCUGAGAGCAAUACAACCUAUGUUCCUCCAGUAAACACAACAACAUUGCCUCCAGAGAGUAAUACAACAUGGGUUCCUCCAGUAAACACUACGACAUUACCUCCAGAGAGUAAUACAACCUGGGUUCCUCCAGUAAACACCACAACCUUACCUCCAGAAAGUAAUACAACAUGGGUUCCUCCAGUAAAUACCACCACCUUGCCUCCCGAGAGCAAUACAACAUGGGUUCCUCCGGUAAAUACCACCACCUUGCCUCCCGAGAGCAAUACAACAUGGGUUCCCCCAGUAAAUACUACGACUUUACCUCCCGAGAGCAACACAACAUGGGUACCUCCAGUAAAUACCACCACCUUGCCACCCGAGAGCAAUACAACAUGGGUUCCUCCAGUAAAUACUACCACGUUACCUCCCGAGAACAAUACGACAUUGGUUCCUCCAGUAAACACCACAACUUUGCCUCCUGAGAGCAAUACGACAUGGGUUCCUCCAGUAAAUACCACAACCUUGCCUCCUGAGAGCAAUACGACAUGGGUUCCUCCAGUAAACACCACAACCUUGCCUCCAGAGAGCAAUACGACAUGGGUUCCUCCAGUAAAUACCACAACCUUGCCUCCAGAGAGCAAUACAACUUGGGUUCCUCCAGUAAACACCACGACCUUACCUCCCGAGAGCAACACGACAUGGGUUCCUCCAGUAAAUACCACAACCUUGCCUCCUGAGAGCAAUACAACAUGGGUUCCUCCAGUAAAUACUACCACCUUGCCUCCCGAGAGCAAUACAACUUGGGUUCCUCCAGUAAAUACUACGACUUUACCUCCCGAGAGCAAUACGACAUGGGUUCCUCCAGUAAAUACUACGACUUUACCUCCCGAGAGCAAUACGACAUGGGUUCCUCCAGUAAACACAACAACCUUGCCUCCUGAGAGCAAUACAACAUGGGUUCCUCCACUAAUUACUACGACUUUACCACCUGAGAGUAAUACCACAUGGGUUCCUCCAGUGAAUACUACGACUUUACCUCCCGAGAGCAAUACCACAUGGGUUCCUCCAGUUAAUACCACCACCUUGCCUCCAGAGAGCAAUACGACAUGGGUUCCUCCAGUAAAUACCACAACCUUGCCUCCAGAGAGCAAUACGACAUGGAUUCCUCCAGUAAAUACAACAACCUUGCCUCCUGAGAGCAAUACAACUUGGGUUCCUCCAGUAAACAGCACAACCUUGGCUCCUGAGAGUAAUACAACAUGGGUUCCUCCAGUAAAUACUACGACUUUACCUCCAGAGAGCAAUACCACAUGGGUUCCUCCAGUAAAUACAACGACAUUACCCCCCGAGAGCAACACAACAUGGGUUCCUCCAGUAAAUACUACGACUUUACCUCCAGAGAGCAAUACCACAUGGGUUCCUCCAGUAAAUCCAACGACAUUACCCCCCGAGAGCAACACAACAUGGGUUCCUCCAGUAAAUACAACCACUUUACCUCCCGAGAGCAAUACAACAUGGGUUCCUCCAGUAAAUACUACGACUUUACCUCCCGAGAGCAAUACAACUUGGGUUCCUCCAGUAAAUACUACGACUUUACCUCCAGAGAGCAAUACCACAUGGGUUCCUCCAGUAAAUACUACGACAUUACCCCCCGAGAGCAAUACGACAUGGGUUCCUCCAGUAAACACCACAACCUUGCCUCCAGAGAGCAAUACAACUUGGGUUCCUCCAGUAAACACCACAACCUUGCCUCCAGAGAGCAAUACAACAUGGGUUCCUCCAGUAAAUACCACAACCUUGCCUCCAGAGAGCAAUACAACUUGGGUUCCUCCAGUAAAUACCACAACCUUGCCUCCAGAGAGCAAUACGACAUGGGUUCCUCCAGUAAACACCACAACCUUGCCUCCUGAGAGUAAUACAACAUGGGUUCCUCCAGUAAACACCACAACCUUGCCUCCAGAGAGCAAUACAACAUGGGUCCCUCCAGUAAACACCACAACCUUGCCUCCCGAGAGCAAUACAACAUGGGUUCCUCCAGUAAAUACCACAACCUUGCCUCCAGAGAGCAAUACAACUUGGGUUCCUCCAGUAAACACCACAACCUUGCCUCCAGAGAGCAAUACAACAUGGGUUCCUCCAGUAAAUACUACGACUUUACCUCCAGAGAGCAAUACAACAUGGAUUCCUCCAGUAAAUACUACCAUCUUGCCUCCAGAGAGCAAUACGACAUGGGUUCCUCCAGUAAACACCACAACCUUGCCUCCAGAGAGCAAUACGACAUGGGUUCCUCCAGUAAAUACCACCACCUUGCCUGAGACCAAUACAACACUGACUCCUGCAAUUAAUACGACCACAACAUUACAUCCGGAGAACAUUACUACGACUGUACUACCCGAAAUCAAUUCCACGAUGGAUCAUCCAGAAACAAUCGAGAAAUCAGACACGAAAAUUGAAAACACCUUUUGGAAACGUGUAACGACCAUGUUGAAUGGAAUUCAUUUCUAA